CUGAGCAUCGAGCAGGCCCAGACCGUGGCAGAACAGGUGGAGAUGAAGGCGAAGGUGGUCCAGUCGGAGGUCAAGGCUGUGACAGCCCGCCAUAAGAAAGCCCUGGAGGAGCGCGAGUGCGAGCUGUUGUGGAAGGUGGAGAAGAUAAGGCAGGUGAAGGCUAAAUCUCUGUACCUGCAGGUGGAGAAGCUUCGUCAAAACCUCAACAAGCUAGACAGCACCGUCAGUGCCGUCCAGCAGGUCCUGGAGGAGGGCCGGGCCCUGGACAUCCUGCUGGCCCGAGACCGGAUGCUGGCCCAAGUGCAAGAGCUCAAGGCCAUCCGGAGCCUCCUGCAGCCGCAGGAAGAUGACCGAGUUAUGUUCACGCCCCCUGACCAGGCCUUGUACCUGGCCCUCAAGUCUUUCGGCUUUGUCAGCAGCGGAGCGUUUGCCCCGCUCACAAAGGCCACAGGAGAUGGCAUUAAGCGAGCCCUUCAGGGCAAAGUGGCCUCCUUCACCGUGAUGGGCUAUGAUCAUGAUGGUGAGCCUCGCCUCUCCGGAGGCGACCUGAUGUCAGCUGUGGUCCUGGGCCCCGAUGGCAACCUGUUUGGUGCAGAAGUGAGUGAUCAGCAGAAUGGGACUUACGUGGUGAGCUACAGGCCCCAGCUCGAGGGUGAGCACCUGGUGUCGGUGACACUGUGCAACCAGCACAUCGAGAACAGCCCCUUCAAGGUAGUGGUCAAAUCAGGCCGCAGCUACGUGGGCAUCGGGCUCCCCGGGCUGAGCUUCGGCAGCGAAGGGGACAGUGAAGGCAAGCUCUGCAGGCCCUGGGGCGUUAGUGUGGAUAAGGAGGGCUACAUCAUCGUGGCUGACCGCAGCAAUAACCGCAUCCAGGUGUUCAAGCCCUGCGGCUCCUUCCACCACAAAUUUGGUACCCUAGGUUCCCGGCCUGGGCAGUUUGACCGACCAGCUGGGGUGGCCUGCGAUGCCUCCCGCAGGAUCGUAGUGGCCGACAAAGACAAUCAUCGCAUUCAGAUCUUCACCUUUGAGGGCCAGUUCCUCCUCAAGUUUGGUGAGAAAGGAACCAAGAAUGGGCAGUUUAACUACCCUUGGGAUGUAGCAGUGAAUUCUGAGGGCAAGAUCCUGGUUUCAGACACCCGAAACCACCGCAUACAGCUGUUCGGGCCUGAUGGGGUCUUCCUGAAUAAGUAUGGCUUUGAGGGGUCUCUCUGGAAGCAUUUUGACUCUCCACGGGGUGUGGCUUUUAACCACGAGGGUCACCUGGUAGUCACCGAUUUCAACAACCACCGGCUUCUGGUCAUUCACCCUGAUUGUCAGUCAGCACGCUUCUUGGGCUCAGAGGGCAGCAACAAUGGACAGUUUCUCCGACCGCAGGGUGUAGCCGUGGACCAAGAAGGGCGAAUCAUUGUGGCCGAUUCCAGAAAUCACCGGGUGCAGAUGUUUGAGGCCAACGGCAGCUUCCUGUGCAAGUUUGGUGCUCAGGGCAGUGGUUUUGGGCAGAUGGACCGCCCCUCAGGUAUUGCGGUCACCCCAGAUGGAUUGAUCGUCGUGGUGGACUUCGGCAACAAUCGAAUCCUCAUCUUCUAAUAGAAUCUUCUGGGUUUCUGUGUUUAGGGUGUGCAUGUGUGCGUCUCUCGUUUCUGAAUUUCAAAGAAGAAAUCAUCUCAGGGAUAUUUC